AUGCACAUCUACGAAGGGGGUAAAGACUUCAUUCUCGAGCCGGCUGCCAACUUUGACAUCGCUUCUGCCGGUCCAGGCGUGAGUGAAGACCACACCAUCCUCUUCCCUGCGGAAGCAGCAGCUCCGCUAUUUGGUGGGCGUCAGUCAAUGCUGCCGAGCGUCGCGCGCGGCUUCGAGCCGCGCACCCGUAGGGAUGUGACUGACCGGCAGCUGAGCGCACUCGGCACCCUGCCCGACGGCCCGCCCUACGGCCGGCUCUCCUCGUGCCCGACCGACGACUCGUUCACGAGCGGCAUCGGCAUUGUGGUCGACCAUGGCUUUGCUGCUCGAGUCGGUGGCACAGAAGCGUCGGUGCUCGCAGAAGUCGCGUCGCUCCUGAGCAGCGUCAAUAUGGUAUAUCUUGAUCAGAUCGGGAUCGAGCUUCGCCUCGGCGCCGUCAUCAUCAACCUCGACGCGAGCGGCGAUCCAGACAUCACUGGCCCCAAUCACGCGCCGGCGAUCCCAGGCCAGCGUGACAGCUGCGGUGCUGAGAUCAGCGACUCCUACACUAACGAGACGGGGCACGCGGCGGCUACGCUGCAGCUAACCUCCAUCGCGGUGAGGAAGGGCACCACCAAGCUGCUCGGUCGUCUAGCCAACUGGGCGGGGCGCGCAGCGCCUCCGUGCCCCGGCUGCUCCUCGUGGCAUCUCCUCACUGAUUGCUUCCCCGCACCGGGAACGGUCGGCAUUGCCUUGCCGGAUUCGGCGUGCCUGCCUCUUCGCAGUCGACGAGGCGUAGCGUACGACUUGGACGUGGCGUGUGACGGCGAAUGCGACUUCCGCCUCCCGAAUGGGAACGCCGCACGAAUCGGCUACCGCGUUGAGGAGGAGUGCCCUGCUGGAGAGUUCUUGUGCCAGGCACCCGUCGGGCUAACCUCCUGGACGGGAGCCAGGACGUGGCGGACGCUCGCACACGAGCUCGGGCACACAUUUGGCGCGAGCCACACCUUUGGACUGGGCGGGAUCAUGGACUACCAAGGCGGCGGAGAGCAGUUUUACGACAACGGCGAUAUUUGCAGCUACGUCGACAGCAUCCUCGCCGGCAGCUCACAGACAUGUCUUGUGUCGCAGAAGGCGGUUUGUGGCGAUGCUUUGUUCAGUAUCGGAAGCACGGAGCAGUGCGACGAUGGGAAUGGGGUCGAUGGAGACGGCUGCGACGCCAACUGCCAAGUCGAGUGCGGAUACGAGUGCACCGAGGACGGAGGCCGUUCGAGCUGCUCGCCUCUUUGCGGAAACGGCGUCGUCGACUUGGCUCACAACGAGGAGUGCGACGACGAGUCCGCGUGCUGCAGCGAGUGUAGGCUUGUUACUGGGGCUGAAUGCUCGGACGGUGAAUGCUGCAGCUCGUCUUGCCAUCUCGAGCCGUCCAGCAAGGCGUGCGGUGAUGGGCUCGGCUCCUGCGGCGCCGAGGGCCGGUGCGACACCUCAGAGGCGUUGCUCUGCUCUGAGGGCACAUGCCUCGACUUGACCACGGUGCUUGGCUACUGGCAACGCAGUCGUGCAUACCUCGCAGCGGGCACCCCGUGCGUUGCCGCAUCUGGAGACCCAGGCAAGUGCAACCGGAUUGGCGAAUGCGAGGCAGCAACCCGAUGCGGCGACGGUAUCCUAGAGGGUCGCGAGGAGUGUGACGACUCUUCGGCGUGCUGCGAUCAGAGCACGUGCCGGCUUGUUGCUGGCGCUGCUUGCUCUGGUGGAGAGUGCUGUAGCAGUGAGUGCACCUUCUACACCGCGUCCACUGCGUGUGACGGCAACGCAGGCUACUGCCAUCGCCUGUCCGAUUGGGUCCGGCUUUCCAGGGGACCCUAA